GUCGACGCCGCGUCCACGUGCGCGUCCACGGCGUCCACGGCCCCCCCGCACUCGAGGCACCCGCGCCCCGCGCUGCGGGCCCCGAGGGCGGUGGCACCGCCGGUCCGUCGCUCCGCGGCGUGCGCGCCGCGCCUUGCUCGGCGGUACGCGCGGUCGUCUCGUGGGCCGCUGGCCGAGUCCCCGCCCAGGGCUCCUGCCUGUGGACGCGUGGAACCUGACGCGCCGCCGGACUUGGACUGCGAGCUCAACUCCGCCGCCUCUGCUUGUGACUUCGAGCAGGGCGCGGCCUCGGAUGCCGUCGAGCAGCAGGAGGCCCUGCGGCGGCGCCGCGCGCAGAGGCGUGCCCGCCUGCGGGAGCUGUGCGGUCAGGGUGGCGCGGGCGGGGUGCUGUCCGAGCACGUGCUGGGCCUCUGCAGCAGCGACUGCGUCGCCUGCAGGUGGGGCAGCUCCCGCCCCGAGGCGUGGCGGCUCGGCGCGCCGUCCUGCGAGCUGGGCUGA